UUCUACAAUGGAGGUUUUAGCGCAGUAGCAGUAGGUCGUAGAGGACUUAGCAGUAGUUGUAGCGAAAUAAACCAAAUCCAUUUCCUACGGCGUACGACGUACGUUUUACGACGAACGGGCAUGCGCAGUCACAAAAGAAUGCUGCGUCCGUGAAGUGUGUGGAGUUUGUGCAUAUUGUCAUUAAUGUUAAUUAUAAUUAUUUGCGAUGUCGAACGAAGAAGGUGAAGCAACUUGUGUUGAAUAUUAUUUUGUUGAUGAAAAUCCGUCGGACGUUGAGCUGUUGGAUCAGCGUGAGUUAAUUCAAUUAGUAAAAAAUAACCCGCCUCUGUUCGCCAAAACUGUAAAAGAAUAUUGUGGAAAAGGAUACAACAAAGAUUUAGCGUGGCAGAGAGUGGGAUCUAGUCUCUCAAAGCCCCUGUCAGGACCAGAUGCUUCCAAGUUAUUUUAUAAUAUUCGCCAACGUUUUGGCAGAGAGAGGCGAAAAGUAUUAUCUUCGUUAAAAGGAAAAUCAGGCCAAGGAGCGGUGGCACCAUAUGUACCUUCAUGGCCUUUGUAUGAAGAUUGCAUGUUCUUAGCAGAUCAUAUUGUUGGACGCAAAACGUCAAGCAGCUAUAAAGCAGCUAUAAUUAAUUUGAAUAAACUUUGUUUGCAAAAGGUUUCCUAAAAACGUAUCACAACGAGAAGUUUGAAUACAAUUUGUGAAUAAAUUAAAUUGGAAACCUUCAAAAUCCUGUUGAAUUUGUUCUCAACAUUUUAAUAAAGAUUGUUUUUUUAAAUCUGCAAAAGAAGCUAUAUUGAAAUCAACAGAGCGAUCCCAUCUAUACGAGUACAUAUUGAGAGAUUAAAAUAUGUUACUGAAAUUUCAAGUAUAAAUUUUAAAAUGGUUUCAACGGAAUCAGAGGGCCAGCAAGAAAUAGAAAAAUUUACGACCACUACAAUCAACAUCUUCAACAGUUCUUUCUUUGACAGUUUAUCAAUAUAUGAUACAUCAAGAAAAAUAAAUUUAAAAAGGCAACUUUUGAAAGAACGUAAUAUAAGAAUGCUUCAAUCAAAACGCAUAAAAAUUUUGAUGCAACAAAAUAGACGACAGAAGAAAAGAAAAGAACUUUGUUAAAAGAUAUAAAAAAUCAGGAAAUGAUUAACAAUAAAAUGGAACAGGAAUAUAAAGCUAGUCUAGAAGAUAAAAUUAUAAACUUUAUAAAUAAAAAUAUUUUUAUUAGAUUAUGGAAUCAUUCUGAGGAAAAGUUAGAAACACAUGCGAGUAAUUU